GACGAAUCAUAAAAGAUAGUGUAUUACAUGUUGCCCACUGAAUCUGGGGGUCAAUGUCUCCAUAAGCGUUGCCAUUACUGAUAAAACUCCAGCUAUAAAAACUUCAGUGCAAGAUAGUGAUAAGUGUAUCUCCCAUCAAGAAGCAAAAUGAAGAAGAAUCCAUCUCUUUUGGCAUCAACAUUACUACUGUUAUUAUUCAUUACCAACACUACUUUCUUAAGAUCUAAAACAGUAACAGCAGUUGAAGCCUUGGUUCCUCGAUCUAAGACAUUCAAGUAUGUAAACCAUGGAGAACGUUCAGAAUAUGCAACAGAAUACGAAACCCAUCCAUCUUACCUAUUCAUUCCCCAAAUUGCACACCAUCCGUUUAUGCUAGCCUUUUAUAGUACAACUCCAAAUGCUUUCACUCUAGGCUUGUCCAUGGGUUACCCUCUGAUGACUCGUGCUCGUAAAGCUCGCCACUAUUCACCGAUGAUUUUAAAGCGUUGGGUUUGGUCAGCUAACCUGCACAAACCUGUCCGUGAGAAUGCAACCUUAACAUUUGGUGGUGACGGUAACCUUGUCUUAGCUGAAUCCAGUGGUCGUAUCGCUUGGCAAACUCGCACUGCCAACAAAGGAGUAGUUGAUCUCAAAUUACUCCCAAAUGGUAACUUGGUUCUUGUCAACAAGAACGGCGGGGUUGUUUGGCAGAGUUUUGAUUACCCGACCGAUACGCUCUUGAAUGGCCAAGGUCUGCGCGGUGAUGGUUCAAACAAGCUAGUGAGCGGAUCAUAUAGUAUGGUCAUGGACGUUGAUGCAAACCAGAGACAACUUCUCACUCUAUUCUUCGAUGGCGCAAAAAAGAAUUCCAGUCAACGGCCAAUAUUGUUGGCUUACCAUGUUAUAGAAUACUGGUAUUUCAAUUGGUACGAUAAAGUAAAUUUUUACUCUGCUCCCCUGCAAUACGGUGUUGAUGGAAGUGACAUUGCUAAUGAAUUAGGCCUAUCAUGGUUAGGUAAAGAAAGGGAGAGAACACUCUGGGCAGAACCGAAAUACAAUAGUACAUUGUCAAUGCUUCGGUUAACAAGAGAUGGCAACCUUCGUGUUUAUACCUACAACGAGAUAGAAGGGCAUCGUGAUGCGUGGGAGGAAACAUAUACUCUUUUCUCUGGAAAUCAAUGUAUUUUGCCAGAAAAAUGUGGGGGUUUUGGGCUUUGCUCAAAAGGGAACUGUGUUGCUUGUCCUACAUCUGAAGGGUUAAGGGGAUGGAGCGAAAAAUGUAAACCUGCAAAACUUCCUGCCUGCAAAUACGAUUCUACUAGUAAUAACAGGACCUCCUCGGACGCAAAAUUGGUUGAUUACUACAAACUAAAGGGUUUGUCUAGUUCUUUGCGAAGAAAUCUUAGAGAUGGGAUAUCGACGGAUUUUGUAAAGAUGAAAAUUGGCGAGUGCAGGAAAAAUUGCAGUGAGGAUUGCAAGUGUGUUGGUUUCUUUUAUAGAACAUCCGAGCAGGAUUGUUUGCUCGUUACUUACGGAUUGUUUACACUGACUACUGACCCAGAAUGGGACGAGGUCCACAUAAAUGAUUCCAAAGCUGAUGGUUAUAUAAAGUUUGCGAAAUAGGCUAUACUAUGUCUAGUGAGUAUAACCUAGAAACUUUUGAACACAUAGUAUCAUAUGUAUGAGAUGCACUCGUCAUAAAUUUGGAUUCAUAUUUGAACUUAUUCUUCUACUUUUUUUUGAAGCAACAUUUGAACUUAUUCUUGUAG